ACAUCCAAUUAAACUACUCUCAUCAAGAUUUAAAGAAUUCAAAUAAUGAAGAUUUCUCGUCACCAAUGGAAAAUCUACCCAGUGAGGAAAAUUGUCUAACAAGAAUCGAUGACUUGAACAAUAAAAUACAGUCAAAUAGUCAAGAGUUUGAAAACGUUGAAUUUCCAAUACAAAGCGAUGAGAUGAAUGAUCAUCGGCUAUUCGACAUUUCCACUAACCCGAAUGAGGUACAUAUGAAUUACGAGCUACCGUUAACUUACGAGCAGGAGGAGGUGUGCGAAAGAAAGGUCCAGGAGACCGAAAGUUCCAACAACGCCUAUAAAUUAAUGUCACUAGACGAUAGCUAUUUGUUUUUAAAGCAACCAUUGUCAUCGGUCGAUAUCAACAAUUCAUUUUCACAUUUCAAUAUGAAUAAUAAUUACAUGGAAGACCCAUUCCUGAGACUGAAUGAGCUAACAAGCGAUUUCAAAGAUGACAAAUUUUCAUCAUUUUGCCAUAGUGACGUGACUGCAAGACUGUGCAAUACACCUGCCAAUAUUCACACAUUUUACAACACGAGCCCCGAAACUAUUGAUCUUUUAUAA